AUGCAGGCGGGUGGCAACAGGGAGCUGGAGGCCGAGAAUUAUUUGGAAAAACAUCGGAUUAUGGAGUUGCCGAACUAUCUCACCAGUGCCCUGCUUGUUUUCCAGCCAGGAAAGCCAAGAGAGUAUUUAAUAUCUAUAUUCGAACGACUGAUAAUUGCCAAAAUAACAGGCAUGGCUUUUCCUUUCUUUAUGGAUCACUCUAACAUUGUGUCUAUGUUUGAGAUGAUGGACACUUCAAAUAAAGGCACUAUAUCAUUUGUGCAGUACAAAGAAGGCCUAAAAACCCUGGGUCUGUUGAAUGAAGAUGAAGUUUUAAAAGAUGAUGGACAUGUAAUAACUUUGGAAAAAUUCAGAUCUGAAGUGAACAAGAGGACAGAGAAAAUAUGGUCAGCAUUUUAAUAACACCAUAAGUCCAAGCUAAUAAAUGAUUCUAUAAAGUU